UUGUUGUGCCACGUCAGAGCUCCAGAGCAGAGCAGCUGCUACACUGUCAGAGCAGCUUUCUGCAACACUUUCUUCUCUUUCUGGCUUUCUCACCAUGCUGUGCCUGGGACUGAGCUGUUUACUGCUGCAUGUGUUUGUGGUGUUUGGGACUGAGCUCACAUUUGAGCUCCCAGAGAAAGAUAAGCAAUGUUUCUACGAGGAUCUAGAGAAGGACGUGAAGUUUGCAAUAGACUUCCAAGUCAUCGCAGGAGGCAACUAUGAUGUGGACUGCUUUGUGACUGAUCCUCAGAACAAUGUCUUGUAUAAUGAGAAGAUGAAGCAGUACGACAGCUUCUCUCACACCACAGCGAUGAAGGGAGCCUACGUGGUCUGCUUCGGCAACGAGUUCUCCACUUUUUCACAUAAAACUGUGUACCUGGAGUUCCGCCACGGAGACGAGGAACCUCUCACGAAGGAAAUGACUGGAAGUAGAGCACUGACCCAGUUGGAGUCAUCUUGCAUGUCCAUCCAUGAGGUCCUGAAGGUGGUGGCUUCCUCGCAGACGUGGUACAGGCUAAGAGAGGCACACGACCGCAUAAAAGCCGAUAACCUCCUGGAGCGGGUGAGCUACUGGUCCAUCGGAGAAGCCGUCCUGCUCUUUGUUAUCGGCGUCGGUCAAGUCAUGCUGCUCAAGAGCUUCUUCAAUGAGAAGAAAGGCUCCGUGGCAGCCACAACUUAAAACUCGUGGUCUCGAUGUGUCCUCAGAGAGACAGCUGGAACCUCGUCACUGUAAAACACACGAGUGCUUCUGGAGAUUAGCACACAUCUUGUAGUAUUUUCAGCAGUUUUUUGUUAAAGGGAUAGUUUGGGAAGUCUUUUUUUUUCCCCUGCCCACCAAGUAUCAGAUGGCCAACACUCGUACUUGUGUUGAAAAUGAGAUUGACACCUUUCAACCAUGCACAGAUUAUUUAUUAUUAUAUUUUUUAUCGUGCAACACAAAGCAGGUUUAGUUUGAUCUAUCUGUUAAUAAUUUGGAUUUUCAUGGAUAAUUACACAAGACGUUGUGGCACAUUUCUGAAUGUUAGUUGUACAUGUUUUAUAAUGUGUAUUAUGUUUAUUACCUUAAUUUCCUUAAUUUAUGUACAAUAUAAUUGUUGUUAUGAGGUGUAAGAGCUCUGUCUCCCUCGAGUCUCAUACAAAGUGCCUUAAGAAAUCUGUAUUUUUUUCAUGUCCUACCAAGUUUACCGUUUUGUCUGUUACGUACCAUCCUGUUGUUACUGAUUGAUUGGAUUCUGAGUUUUCAUUCUUAUGGAUUACAAAUCCAUGUUAUUUCAUAAAGAGAUAUGUUUAAUGAAUAAUGUUAAGUGACCAAAUUAUUAUGACUUUUUUUCACCAACAAAAUCAUACUUGCAGUCCUAUUUGUUUACCUGUCUCUUUAUUAUCUGUUAAAACCUGUCAACAGAUUUCAAUUAAAUUUGGGGGAAAGCCAUUUUUGGUGAAGAUCCAAAUCCAGUUUGUUAACAUUGCCAGAUUAUUAUCAUUUUAAGCCUUUUUGGUGUUUUCUGGAACUAUAUGUAUUGAGAUGCCAAUUCAGAUCCAGGUUCACAUAAAAAUGUAUUUUUAAAUUUUAAUAAUUUCUUAAGAAAACGUGUUAUUAUUGAAAUAAGAAACUGUGCAGCCUUGGCAGAUA